AUGUCAAGUGGGUCCGUCAGUAGCAGGAGCCUUUUCCAGAGACACCGAGGCAAAGUUCUCACUUCUGUUGGUAUUGUGGCGACCCUCUUCACCGCGGGGUCUGUCUGUAUGUACUUGGUGAAGAGAUGGCUAUACAAACAGCAGCUCAAGAUCACUGAACAGCAUUUUAUUCGAGAGCAAAUAAGGAGGCGGUUUACUCAAACGCAGGAAGACUCCCUGUAUGCGCUAUAUGAGUUGAUUCCGGUCUUUGCAAUGGUUCUGGCAAAGAAGCUGGACUUGGAAGAGCUGGUCAUAGCCUUGAGAGACAAGAAAUUGAGCAAAACUGGCAGCCAAAAGGCCAGAAUCGGUGACAACGAUGUUUUGUCAUCUGGCAUAAGCACUAGCGUUACAGAAGUCGAUACUUCGACGGCUAACGUAGCGAAUAAGUCGGAGGGCAAGACUCAGAAGACGAAGGCAGAGCUCUGGAAUGAGCUGAAGACCAAAAGCUUAAUCAAGAUGGUGACGAUCUCAUACACAAUUUCAGCGUUAUUGCUACUCACGAGACUGCAAUUGAACAUACUCACCAGAAGAGAAUAUUUGGAGACUGCAAUAAGGGUUGCUGUUGAGAAGGAAUCUAGUCUAUCUGAUGGUAAGUCUGUUGUCAGCUGGAUUUGGGGGCUCUGGAAGGGUGACGAUACGAAAUCGGCCGUAAGCGAGGCAAUUGAGGAUUCAAAGGCAAAGCCAACUCCAGUCUCGAAGAACUCCUACAUCAACGAACAGGCUUUCUUAUCACUUUCGUGGUGGCUGUUGAAUCGCGGUUGGCAAGAUUUUGAAGCUAUAGUGGAGGAAAACGUAGAGAAACAAUUCGGACAGUUAAAUCCCAGAGAUACGCUUUCGAUCACAGAGUUCAGCGAGAAGCUCACCGAGGUUUUCCGUGACACAAACAAGCAACUGUUCCCCGACGCAACGAAUGAACAAAACGGCACUGGCAGGUUGCAAACUAUCCUGCUGCCACGUCCUGAUCUGGAAGAUUUCGUGCUCAAGCAAACCCUAGAUCCGGAGGCUUUCAAUAUUCUUAACGAAGAUAAGACAGUUUUCGGUCAACUCAUUCUCGAAACAGCAAAAUGCUUGGAAAGCACCGUCUCAUCGAUAGUCCUGGAGACUUUAGUGAACGAAUCGUUCCAAUACAUUAUGGAGCAGGUCGAGACAAACGUUAGCAAGAAGAAGAACAAACAAAAGACGGCAAAGGAGUCAGAUUGCGUUGAAGAUUCCGACGCCAAAUAUCAAAUGGCGGUUUUCACCAUUAGCUGCAAAGACUGCUGUAAUGAGAUCCUGAAAAGCGGCGUUGUGUCUAUGGACAACGAAUUUUUGGCAAGGCUGGACUCUGUCGUGAUACUCGACGAUCUGAGCGCAAGCGUGUACAGCAACUUUGGGUUUCAAGACUAG